GCUCUCCUCUUUCUCUCUCUACCCAUUCUCACUCCUUACCUCGACGAAAUCAGGGUCUUAGAGAGAGAAGAGAGAGGGACUUUAUUGAGAAACAGAUAGGCGAGUCUAGAGAAUAAUUCAGGCCACCUUAAUGGAACCGGCUCUUAUUUUCCGUCGACUUUUUGUCGCUAUUGUGAUUUUUGCGGUCGCUCUUCCGGCCAAUGCCACUGAUCACAUUGUCGGUGAUAACCAUGGGUGGAAUCCAGGGAUCAACUAUACUCUAUGGGCCGGAAACCAUACCUUCUUUGUCGGCGACCUCAUCUCUUUCAGGUACCAAAGGAACCAGUACAAUGUGUACAUGGUGAACAAAACUGGCUACGAUAACUGCACAUUGGAGGGCGCGCUUGGGAACUGGAGUAGUGGAAAAGACUUCAUCGAGCUCAAUGAAUCAAAGAGAUAUUACUUCAUCUGUGGCAAUGGCCUCUGCUUUGGUGGAAUGAAGGUCACUGUGUUCGUUGCAGAGCUUCCAACUUCCCCUCCUCCUUCCCAUUAUAAUAAUCACACAUCAGGAGCUCAAUCAAUAUUACGGCAAUUUGCUUCAACUGUGCCCGGAAUUUUGGCCGGAAUCUUCACCGGAAUUUGGAUCUGAUGAUCGGUUAGAUCUGAGACAUUAGUUUUUUUGGGCUUUUCUUUUUAUAUUUUUUGUGGUUCUGUUUUUCUUUUUUAUCUUUUAUAUUUGGAUUGGAAAUUUGGGGUUUACUUUGUGGUUUUUUUUCUUCCUCCUCAAACCCUAACAGUGAGGAAGAAAUUACGGAAAUGGCCCUGUUUCGUUGAGAAAAUUGUGGUUGCCUCUCCUUUCGUAUUUUACUAUUUUUGUUCUUUUUUUAUGAAUUUUAAAUGGGAUCGCACGUGUCUUUCACAUGGA